UCGGCAAAUUCACUACUCUCAACCCUCGCUAACUCUUUCUCUCUCACUGCGCAACAAGCACACUCUUCGUGCUCUCCGCCACCCUCUCGUUCUCUCCGCAGUUCUCAGAUCCGUCCUCCAUCGAUCCGGCAAUGGCGUCCGUAACUGGAUCAUCUGUUUCUCUCUCCGUUUCCGUCAAGCAAAGCCAGGGGAUUAGCAGGGCAGCUAAUGUUAAGGCUUUCUCUGUUUCCUUCAAUGGAAACAGCUUCCCGUCUCUCCGAGUGCAGCCAACUACUCGUCGACUUGUUGUUACCGCUGCGGCUAAACCUGAGACUGUCACCAAAGUCUGUGACAUUGUGAAGAAGCAAUUGGCUCUCCCCGAGGGUACUGAGGUUGCUGGACACUCAAAGUUUGCACAUCUUGGUGCUGAUUCUCUUGACACAGUUGAAAUUGUUAUGGGACUUGAGGAAGAGUUCGGAAUCACUGUGGAAGAAGACAGUGCUCAGUCCAUUGCAACAGUUCAAGAUGCUGCAGAUUUGAUUGAGGAGCUCAUAGCCAAGAAAGAUUAAAUUAACGUCCAUCUUCUGAUUUGGCAAAACUAGGAUAUUAUUAGAUCUCGCCGUAUGUCUUUCACUUAAUAUGUUCUUGGUCUAUUCAAACUUUGUUGUAUUCAGCUUGUUUUGCUUAAUUUGAGGUGAUAUCAUUUCAUAUUUCUUCUCUGGUUCAUCAGAACUGUAAUCAUCAUAAAUCCUAAGAUUAUAUUAUGUGUUCUUCAAACA